GUUAAAACGUUUGGGGAGGCUUUGAAUAGCUGACCAAAACAGCAGCCUGACUAGGUGCAUACUAAAUACGAAUCCAGGGGGCGGACUGUGGUCAGCGCAACAGUUGGGCGGAGGGGACUUAUCUUAAUGUAAUAGUCUGACCUACGCUACAAUUUUGCGUAUGUACGAGCUCGGGUUUUACGUGGUUUCUGUUAUCUGUUUUCGCUGGAAACGCAAUCGUCACAUUAAAAGCGUAAUUUUGUGUUUUCUUCUUUGAAUACGCGAUGACAACUUGUAUGCGGCAGUGUUUGGGGUUUCCGCCUUUAGCCGCGCUUUGGGAUUUGUAGUGCUAUUGUUGGCUAGCUACCUUUAUUCAGUAUUGGGGAGACGGACUGAGAGAACUACAACGGAGUCUCACUUUCGACAACCACUGUCAACAGCAACAUCUCCCUCCCCAACUCUUCAGAUUUGCGAGGCUACAAACUUCCCGAAUGAGACCGAGAAAUCAACAAGAAGCCUCUGGGAGGGAUUGAAUGCAAGGAAGCUGGCAUUGGUGAGCAACACGUACCCGAAGUUCCAUUAAUCGGUCAACAAUGACCAUGGAGGACUUCAGGAAAGAAGCCAGCGCCACUUCAGUGAUGGCGCUUUACACUGUGAUGUACCCUGUCUUUGACCAGUUAGACCAAGUCAACCUCUCAGCAGCACAGACAUUGCGUGCAGCUUUUAUAAAGGCAGAAGACGAGAACCCUGGCGUGACCGAAGAAUUUGUGCUGAAGCUACUGGAAAAGAAGAACCUGAAAAUCAAUUAUAAUGAGUGUCUACUUCGCAUGGCUGCAGCAGAUGUGAAAGAAUUCCGAAUUGAAAGGCAGGAGCCAGGGUUCCAGGAGCUGAAUGAAAAGACCCAUGCUCUGAAACACAUCCUCAGCACCAUACCUGAUGAGAUCAAUGACAGAGUGGGCUUCCUGCAGACCAUCAAAGACAUCGCCAGUGCCAUAAAAGAGUUGCUAGACAUUGUUAAUACUAUCUUCAGGAGGUACCAAUAUCAAAACAGGCAGGCACUGGAACAACAGAAGAAAGACUUUGUGAAAUACUCCAAGAGUUUCAGUGACGCUCUCAAAACCUUCUUCAAAGAUGGAAAAGUGCUCAACGUGUUUGUCAGCGCCAACCGACUCACCCACCAAACCAACAUGAUCCUAGAGGCCUUCAAGACAGCGACAUAAAAGCCAAACAUGGAGCAACUACAACAUAGCGGAGGAUUGGGAGAGGAUCAGGUAGAAUGAAGCAAAGACACGGUUUUAUUUAGCUUUUAUUAUUAUUGUUGUACUCCACUGCUUAGCAUUUCACCUCAAUCUUAAGAAAAAUGCCUCUUUGUGGUUUUCUUAUAAAGAACAAUGAAAACAGUGGUAGUCAAUUAAGUGCUUGCCAACAAGUCAAGUACAUAUCCCUUGGAUGUUAUUCCCUGACACCUACGCAAGGAAGUGCUGGACACUGCUGGGCCUUGUCUUUCAUCUAUAAUUCAUCGCGCCGUGGUAAUUGGUUGUGGCCACAGAGACAUUUCCCAUUAAUUACGGACAAAAUCUCAAAGCUCUACUUUCAUUGCCUGAAAGAGAAACUUUCCCUCGUUGCCUUUUUUGUUGCCUUUUUGCAAGAAAUUCGGCACACUGGAUUUAUUUCUGUCCACCCUCUGUGAUGUCAAAUGAUUGUCUUUUUCCUCAGCAUAUAAAUUCUAUACAUCCUUACUGUGUAAUACUUCCAUUUUUGUUUCUUUUUUUAUAAUUGCAGUCACGCUAAGCACACGCUGUAUUUUAAUAUCCUUUUAAUAGCACUUUGGUGAACUUCUUUCUUUUGUGAAUAAACUUGACUUUUCCUUUA